GGCGGCAUUUGGAACUCGCUUCGGCAGUAUAUAUAUUGUGGGCGAGCAGAAGGCAUCAGAAGCCACUACCUCACUUCGACUCCACGAUGAAGCUUACGCCGCUGCUGCUGGUGCUCGUGCUGGCCGUGUCUGCGGUCCUCGGCCUGCCUGACCCACACAAGAAGAAGGGUGGUUUCGGUGGUGGUAAGAAGUUCGGCAAGAAGUUCGGUGGCUUCGGCGGAGGAAUAAUUCACCGUCCCAUUCACGUCAUUCCUGUACCAGUCUUCCACGGCGGUGGCUACGGCAAGGGCUUCGGAGGAGGGUUUGGAGGCGGCUUCGGAGGCGGCUUCGGAGGAGGUUUUGGAGGCGGCUUCGGAGGUGGUCGCGGCUUCGGUGGCGGCUAUGGAGGCUACGGACGGUAGACUCGUCUACUGGGAGUUGAGAGUUGGUCUGGGAAGAUUGCCGUUGUGGAGAGUCUUCCCAGAAUGUAAACUUUCACGUGUCCCUGUUCCGUGACGCUAGACAUGAUGUGUGAUGUAAUUCACGUGUCAAAACUCACCAGUAUUCACUUCAUUUUACACUCUUUUGUUUAUUUUAAUCCAUGAUCACGAAUAUUUUCUUUUCAUCUUUUGAUUGCGUUUUUUACUACUUUGUAAAUAAAAAAAAGUUUAAUAAACUUAGAAAAA